UAUGGUAUUGAAGAUACUGUUCAGCCAUAUUCUUGAUUUUAUUGAUGCUAUUAAGAAGUCAGAUUGCAGUCUGAAAGUCAUGGUUUUAAAGGUGGAAAGCACCAAGAGCUCAAGUGCAACCCUCCCCACCAACGUGCCCUCCUACAGGUCCCUGUCCUCCCAUGAGGAUUGCCCUACCAGUCACACCAGCUUCUCAGAUGGCGAGCUUGCCCGGAACGUGAGGGAAGGUGUCAAACAUCGAAUCUUCUACCUCUCAGAGCAGCUGAGAGUGGAGAAGGCCAGUAGGGAUGAGAAUACCAUGAGCUACCUCAAGCUGGUAUCCAAAGCUGACCGGCACCAGGCCCCACAUAUCCGACAGGCCUUUGAGAGGGUGAACCAGCGCACCUCUGCCACUAUUGCUCACAUAGAACGAAAGCUCUAUCAGUGUCACCUGCAGCUGAAGGAGCUGGAAGAGGGCUGCAGCCCUACAAGCUCAGUGCUGAAAGUGGGCAGUGGCAUGGACAGCCAUAAGCCAGGUGGAGAAGAUAGCUUGCCCAUCAACAUAGCUAGGCCCUACACUCUGGAAGGUCACUUGUCAGUCUUGCAACAGAGGAAAUUCUCAGACAAAAAGUAUGUGGCCCAGCAACAAAAGCUGCUGUUGCAGAAGAUGAAGGAAGAACUGACAGAAGCCAAGAAGGUUCAUGCUGGCCUUCAGGUCUCUCAUCAAAGCCUCAAGGAAAGACAUGUGACUGAUGUGCGGGAGAUACUAGAGUCCCUCCAGGAAAAGAAAACCAGACAAUCACUGAUGGAAGAACAGGUGAAUGAUCACUUGCAGAGAUACCUGGAUGAGAUUUGCCACCUCAAACAGCAUUUGGCAUGCACUGAAGAGAAAAUGGCCUAUUUGUCCUAUGAAAGAGCCAAGGAAAUAUGGGAUGUAAUGGAGACUUUCAAGAGCAGAAUAGCCAAGCUAGAAACUCUACAGCAAGCUACCCAACUGGAGAUGAUGGCCAGCAUCAGAACCCGUCCCAAGGACUUUUUGUUCAGAUUCAUAAGCCUGCUUCUUACACUGACCACUAUCCUCUUGGUCUUGGUCUCUACCUUGUGUUCUUGCCCCUUGCCCCUGCUCAACUCACGCCUGCGCACAUUCACUAUAUUUGUGUUGAUUGGCCUUGGAAUUUUGGCCUGGCAGAAGCGGCAUAUCAUCUCCAUCAUGGACUGGCAGGCCUGGGUUCCCUUUAAGUGGAGACCAGACUUCAAGGAUGCUAAGCCUCUAUUAGAUGGACACUGAAGGACAAGGAGUCUCAACUACUUGAAUUUGUUCAUUACUUCCCUCUUUCCAGAUGUUAAGGGCACCCAGUAAGCCUUCCCUAGAGAGUUACUUUGUUGCCCUCAUCUUCUUAAUUCUGUAACCACCAGCCCAGUGAGAUAUAUGCAGAUGCCAACUUGCCUUCUCCUUCCAAUUUUCCACGAUCUUUUCAUAACAUCUAUAGACAUGGGGAUUGGAUUAAAAAACGAAAGAAACCAUAUGUUC